AUGCCGAUUUGUUUCAAAUGUCACGAAGCCGUUCAAUGCGCAGCCAAAGACAACAUAAUGAAAAAAAAAACAAUAUUGGAAAAAAAAUAUGGAGCGAAUUCGGAUGAAGCGAAAAGUAAAAUCAUAUCCGAUCCAUUUAUAUUCAUGUGGAUCCCCGGUCCCGAAGAUCCACCACCGCAACCCAAAUGUUACACGAAUCCAUAUAAACCGGAAUAUGAUUUGACGAUUGAUAUGUUGACGGGAAAAGGAGAAUUUAAACAAAGGAAAUAUCCUAUACCGAAAUAUUUAAGAAGAUAUGAUGAAACAAACACGGAUAUUGACGGAAACGUUAAUUUAAUUUUCUUUUUUUUAUUUUGA